AUGUCUGAAGACCUAACAAAAGGAAAGGACCAACGUGGGUUAGAAAGUAACAACUCUGUGGUUGUGACCAUCAACACGGGUCAUGUUGGACUGAAACUUGAACUUCCCGAUGAUAAAAAAUACCACGUUUUUCUCUAUUGUGAAAAUUCCCCACAUGAUAAACAUGCUGCUCUAUACAUUUUAAAUAAACUAGAAGGACAUGGUAUAAAAUGUUGCUUCUCAGAGAGGGAUUUUUCUCCGGCUAAGACACAAAUAAGAAGUAUAACUGAAGCUAUUGAACAAUCGGUGAAAAUGGUUGUCAUAUUUUCAGACGCGUUUUUCAGUGGUCGCGAAGGAGUAUAUACCGCUGAAAUGCACUUACAAACAUACAUUGAUAAAGAUAAUAGUCUAAUGAUUCCACUAAAAAUUGAUGAUUGUACCAUGACAUUGCCAUUUAAAGGUAUACUUCCAAUACAUAUCCUGGAUUUAAGGAGAGAAGAGGAAUGGUUUCCAAAUUUAAUUCGUUCAAUAGCAGAUAAAACUGAUAAUUAUCUAAAUAUGAAAGUAUUAGCUUCACAUAGAGGAUGUUAUAGUUCAAAAGAAAGAAAGAAGUUGACACUGCAAGUGAAGUUCCUACAACAAUUACAGAAAGAGAGUUUUAUCUUGGAUGAAACUAUAUUCAAUACGAUGAUAAAAGAUAUUAUGAAUAUGUAUCGUGAUUACAGAAGACCCGAUAAAUUAUUUUGUCCAGUAUUAGCCUAUUUAUGUCUCAUUUGUUUAAUGGGAGUUAUUUUUCUGUUUACGACCAGAUAUUUUCAAGACGAUAUUGUAAAAAGAUGGAUACCUUUAUUUAGCAUAUUUGCUAUGGGAUUAAUAUUCACUGUUAUCAUGUCUUGUAUUCUACGUUUUAAUUGUCAGGAUUGUUAUCACCGCUCUUAUAAGAAUGAUUUGGCUGUUAUAAAUGAUAAACUCAUGGAUCAAAAUAUCAUAGUGUCAGUGGUUGCAGAUGAAAUAAAACUUAUUUAUUAUAAUUACCUACCAUGUAUGGAAUAUCUGAAAGAGAAAUAUGUUGAUGAAUUAAAGAACUGUAAGACGAGUGCUGGUGAGGAUAUUUUAACAUGUUACAAGAUAAUUAAAUCAUGGUUUUGUUGUGAAACACCUCCUUAUAAAAACCAGGAUAUAUUUCAUUUAAUGUUAGUAAAAGAAGCAGCAAUGUAUGCCUGCUGGUAUUUACGUGGAAAAUUAACAGAACGAUUUGAAGAGAGACAUACUGUACAAAGCCAGUGUUUGUGUCAGUAUAUUGAAAAGAAAUGGAAACUGUCAAAAAUUACUCAUUUGUGA